UUAACAUAGCGCGAGAGGCUGACAUACUUGUGUACCUGCGGGAACCACUAUCCCGAGCAUCCUGUUCAGGCAUGGUGGUGAUGGCAGAUUUCGAAGGAUCACCACAGCAAGUUGAGAGCGCUGCCAAGUUCCGGGUGAAUGGACAUGGCAGAUCUGUAAAGCUACAAAAGCCAGGGACCUGGACGUCUGUUUGAUCUUCACUUUGUGAGCAACGAUCUCCACAGUCGUCAACAUGGGACUCUUCGCAAAGGCGUUCCUUGCAGCUACUGCUGCAGCAUCUGUUAGUGCUAUGAACGUUGCCGUCCAAUCUUCUGGAGGCAACCAGACAGGCAAGUUUGGCCACUCAUACGGCUAUGGCUUCCUUCAUGAGGAUAUCAACAACUCUGGUGACGGCGGUAUCUACGCUGAGUUGAUCCAGAACCGUGCUUUCCAGUACAGCAAGGCUUUCCCGGUCUCUACAGCUCACUACUUUCCCAUCAAUGGUGCUAGCCUUACCAUCAACAAUGCCACCGAGCCACUGUCUGCGGCCCUCCCUGCCUCCAUGAAAGUCUCCGCUGGCAACGGCACUGUUGGCAGAAUUGGCUUUGAGAACGAGGGCUACUGGGGCAUGGAUGUCAGAACCCAUAAGUACACCGGAUCUUUCUGGGUCAAGGGUGCCUACACCGGCUCCUUCACAGCUUCGCUGCAGUCGAACCUGACAGAUGAUGUCUUUGGAUCUGUUGAUAUUGAGUCCAAAUCUGUUGAUUCGGAAUGGACCGAGCACACUUUCGAGCUUAUCCCCGAGAAGGAUGCUCCCAACUCGAACAAUACUUUCGCCGUCACGUUCGACCCCAAGGGUACUCAGGGAUCUCUCGAUUUCAACCUUAUCAGCUUGUUCCCUCCCACCUACAAGAACCGCAAGAAUGGUCUCCGCGUUGAUAUCGCCGAGGCCCUGGCUGAAAUGAACCCUCAUUUCCUUCGCUUUCCCGGUGGUAACAUGCUCGAAGGACUCGAGAACGAUACCUACUGGGACUGGAAGGAUACCCUUGGCCCUCUUAAUGAGCGUCCUGGUUUCCAAGGUGUUUGGGGUUACCAGCAGACUCACGGCCUUGGCAUGAUGGAGUAUCUUGAAUGGGCUGAGGAUAUGGAUCUCCAGAUCGUGAUCGGUGUCUGGGCUGGUCUCGCUCUCAACGGCGACGUCACUCCUAAGGAGGAUCUCCAGCCCUUCAUCGACGAUGCUCUGAAGGAAAUCGAAUUUGUCCGCGGCUCGGUAGACACUGAGUGGGGUGCCAAGCGUGCUGCUCUCGGACAUCCCGAGCCUUUUGAACUGAACUACGUCGAGAUUGGCAACGAGGAUUGGCUUGCCGGCUACCCCGGAGGCUGGGACUCUUACAAGGAGUACCGCUUCAUCAUGUUCCACGAUGCCAUCAAGGCCGCGUACCCCGAUAUUCAGAUCAUUGGCUCGUCUGCCACCAGCGAUCCCGCCCCCGAAGGUGCCACUACUGGUCCCAACCUCGUAAAUGGUAUCAAAUACCCUGCUGAUGCUAUCGGUGACUACCACCCUUACCGCGAGCCUGAUGAGCUUGUUGAGGAAUUCGACCGCUUCGAUAACGACAUCGGUCACAUUAUUGGAGAGGUCGCUGCCACCCACGUCAACGGUGCCACUCCUCCUCGCUGGAACGGCCCUCUCUACAAGUACCCUUGGUGGAUUGGCGCUGUUGGAGAGGCAGUGUCUCUUAUCGGCUAUGAGCGCAACUCUGACCGCAUUCCUGGUACCUUUUACGCUCCUGUUCUGAAGAACGAGAACCGCUUCCAGUGGCCCAUCACCCUGAUUCAAUUCACUGCCGAUGCCAAGCAGACCACCCGUGCCGUCACCUGGUACUGCUGGAGUCUGUUCUCUAACCACCCCAUCUCUCACACUCUCCCGACCACGUCCAACUCCAGCUACGGACCGGUCUACUGGGGUGCCGGUAUUGACGAGGCCCGCAACGGUGCGCUCGUCUGGAAGGGCGCUGUUUACAACACUACCGACAACGCCUCAGUCCCCAUCACCGUCCAAUUUGAAGGUGUUGAGGCUGGCACUAAGGCGCAGCUGACCUACCUCACCAACUCUGUUGGCGACCCAUACGCCUACAACGACCCUCGCACUGGCAUUCAGAUCGUUGAUACUACCACUAAGGAGCUGACCGCUGGUGCCAAUGGAGCUUUUGAGUUCAGCUUGCCCCAGUUGAGUGUUGCCGUCCUCGAUACCGAGGUUAUUGGCAACUCCACUGGAAGCUACAAGAAGGCGAAGAGGACUCCAAUUCCUAGGUACCAGAGGCGUUGGUAGUCGUAUUCAUCGAGAUGAAAAAAUUAACCAGAUAAAUAAAUCAAAUCAAAUUUUGAAAACACA